UGACGAAUCGGACAUCGCUCUGCAGAAGCGCACAGAUAGAGAAAGAGAGAGCUGCAAGAAAAGGGAACAUCACGCACGGGGUGUCGAUGUGAAAGCAGUUGUUCCUCCACGUCCAGACACCCAUCAAAACGUAUUUUUACGCGUUGUUUUUAACGGGAUCCGCCGCGCUAGCCGAGCGUAUACAACACAGCGUGAAACGGUGGUUUCCUGCACGGGGGAUUUAAUGGGAGUCUUGCAUCGAUAAAGCGCUUCUCCCCCCCUUGACGGACCCUCGCUCGAACCGAACCGGACUCGGGCGCUGUCCUCACCGGGGGGUAUCCGAUCCCAGUUAUAUUUUGACUACGAAAAGACCACUCCGGACUCCGAAUAUGGCAGGAAAUCUGAAGAAAGGUGGGGGGCUUAUUGGCAUGAUGAAGGACGCUUUUCAGCCUCACCAUCAUCUCCACCACUCCCAUCACCAGCCCGGGGCCGUGGACAAAAAGACGGUGGAGAAAUGCUGGAAAUGCAUGGAUAAGGUGGUCCGGCUAUGCCAGAACCCCAAGUUGGCCUUGAAGAACAGUCCUCCGUACAUCCUGGACCUGUUACCAGACACCUACCAGCAUCUCCGCACUAUCCUAUCCCGCUACGAAGGCAAGAUGGAAACACUGGGUGACAACGAGUUCUUCCGCGUUUUCAUGGAGAACUUGACCAAGAAGACCAAACAGACCAUAAGCCUGUUCAAAGACGGCAAAGAGCGAAUGUUCGAGGAGAACUCUCAACCCAGACGAAACCUGACGAAAUUGUCGCUGAUAUUCAGUCACAUGCUCGCCGAGCUCAAAGCCAUCUUUCCCAACGGCCUGUUUCAAGGGGAUAACUUCAGAAUCACCAAAGCGGAUGCCGCAGAGUUCUGGAGAAGAUCGUUUGGGGACAAGACCAUCGUGCCUUGGAAGGUGUUCCGGCAGGCCCUGCAUGAGUUUCACCCCAUCAGCUCGGGCUUGGAGGCCAUGGCUCUCAAAUCCACCAUCGACCUCACCUGCAACGACUACAUCUCCGUCUUUGAGUUCGACAUCUUCACCAGGCUUUUCCAGGUGCGUCAUUCAAUCACUCCAUCACUUCCUCCAAGCACAGACUAG